GUUCUCGCGCUCCCGUGCUGCUGCCGCCGGAAGCGCGGCCUCUACCGUUCUCCCGCCGUGCCCCACAUGGCCGGGGGGGCCGCAGUCCGGGCCCUGGCCCGCUCGGUUCCCGCGCUGAGUCGGCCGAGGGGGCCACCGAACUGGCAGCCAUGUCGGAGCCAUCGCCUCUUCCCGGUAGAUGACGAGCAGUUCCAGAGGACGACCGUUACCAUGCUGGAGAAGGAUUCGCCUCACAUCUUGUUCGUCGAUAGCUACAGCCCCAGAGGCUUCACUAUCAACGGCAACCGGGUGGUGGGGCCUUGUGUCCUUAUCCCCCAGUCCAUCCUGCAGUGGAAUGUCGGAACCCACCAAGAUAUCACAGAGGAAAGCCUAUCGCUCUUCUGGAUGCUGGAGCCUAGAAUAGAAAUUGUAGUGGUGGGGACCGGGAACCAGAUGGAGCGGUUGCCACCGGAACUACUGAAAGCCAUGAGGAAGCGAGGGAUCGCCUUGGAGGUUCAAGACACGCCUAAUGCUUGUGCCACCUUCAACUUCCUGCUUCAUGAGGGGCGGGUGACAGGAGCCGCCCUCAUCCCUCCACCCAGCAGGCUGUAUGGGUCUGGCUCUUUGCCUCUGCCAACGGAAUAAACACCACCUUGAAUUCACCCAA